GGCCGAUAUUCUUGACUGCAGCCCCCGCAAAUUUUCCGUGCGAGAAGAGAAUCGGACGGUUCAACAAUCCUGGAUCCGUCGUUCAGAACUGUGAUAAUCUAGAACGCAACCAUGUUCGCCGUCCCAGGCUGGUCGCUCGAGAGCUCUGCUCUCAAGCCACAGGAGCAGCAGACCGAAUCCAAAUCCAAAUCCAAGUCAGCGACUGGGGCCAAUGGAACCCCUCUGCAGACCAACAAGCGCAAGCGCGAGGAUCAUGUCACCAAGGGUAAUGUGGAUGAAAUGUACCGUCGGCAUAUCGAGGGCCAGAAGCCGACUCCCAAGGGCCAGAAGCAGAAUGUGACGUUCGAUAAGAAGCAGAAGAAGGAACAGAAGCCCAAUGGCGGUGAUUUCCAGAGCCCAGCAGGCAAGAAGGGCAAACAGGGCCAGGUUUCAAAGGAGCAAUCUUCGGAAGGAAAGCCAGAGUCUGCUGCGGAAGAAGGGAAACCCGCCGGAAAGAAGCAGAAGAAGAAUAAGAACAAGAAACAGGAUCAACAAGGCACUUCCACUGACGCCCCAGCCGUUGAAUCUUUCCCUGCUGCACCACCGAAAACGGAGGCAAUUCUUACACCUCUCCAGCAAGCCAUGCGACAGAAGCUAAUCUCGUCCCGUUUCCGCCAUCUGAACGAGACGCUAUACACGACGCCCUCCGCCAAGGCUUUCGAACUCUUCUCCGCGAACCCUGAAUUGUUUGACGAGUACCACGCCGGUUUCUCCCGCCAGGUCAAGGAGUCUUGGCCUUCCAACCCGGUUGACGGCUACAUCAAGGCCUUCCGCGCCAGAGGGGCGGUGAAAGGUUUCAAGAAGGGCGGCAAGCCCGACAAUAAGCGUAACCCCAGCGCUGCGCUCCCUCGACGACCCAAUGGUCUAUGCACUGUUGCUGACCUUGGCUGCGGUGACGCCCAGCUCGCCCGUGCACUGCUGCCUUCUGCGAAGAAGCUGGAUCUGAAGCUUCUCAGCUACGACCUUCAUGCCCCUAAGGACUCCCCUAUCACCAAGGCGGAUAUCUCAAACCUUCCGUUGGCCGAUGGUUCUGUCGACGUGACCAUCUUCUGUCUCAGUCUGAUGGGCACCAACUGGGUGUCGUUCGUGGAGGAAGCAUGGCGGGUCCUGCGCAGCGACGGCAAGGGUGAGUGCUGGGUCAGUGAGGUCAAGAGUCGAUUUGGCAAGGUCCACCGCAAGAAGGCCCAGAUUGGAGCGAAGAAGCCGCUCAGCAAGUCGGAGAAGAAGAAGAUCAAGAAGAAGCAGGAUGAUGACGGAUCGGAUGUGGAGGAUGCGGACAUCUACGCCGAAGACGUUCGUCCGGCUGACAACGACGAUGAGACGGAUAUCUCCGCUUUCGUGGAGGUGUUUCGCACGCGAGGCUUCGUCCUCAAGGCCGAGUCGGUUGACAAGUCUAACAAGAUGUUUGUGAAAAUGGAGUUCGUCAAGGCGGGUGGUGCACCUACCAAGGGCAAACAUGCCUCGACGGCUGGUGCGAGUGCUGGCGCCGGCAAGAAGAGGUUCAUUGACAGAGCUUCUCUCAACGACAAGGGAAUGAGCGCCGAGGAAGAGGCUGCUGUCCUGAAGCCUUGCGUUUACAAGAUCCGGUAGAUAUGACCGGAAGUUGCAUGUUAUGUAGCCAUCUGUACAUAUGAUAUCAUCGGUCAUCGUUUCUGUUAUUAACUAAAAGCAAGAUUGCACUGGCAGUCAAAUGAGCAUGGGAUGGGAAUUAAAACACAUUCAGAGUCAUUAGACAAGGUCA